GGGGCCGAGAGGGGCGGCGAUCCCCCCCGCCCAGAGCCCCGGAGCCCCGGCGGGCCCGGCCCCGGAGCGCGGCCGCCGCCACGGGACGGGAGAUGCGGAUCCUCCUCCUGUGCCUGCUGACUCUCGCCGGGACCCGCGGGCAAGCGGUGCAGACGCGUUUCGUGGAGGAGCCCGAGGACCAGACGGUGGUGGCCGGGCAGAGAAUCGUCCUGUCCUGCGUGGUGCUCAACUACUCCGGCAUCGUGCAAUGGACCAAGGACGGGCUGGCCCUGGGCAUGGGCCAGGGCCUCAAAGCGUGGCCCCGGUACCGCAUCGUGGGCACGGCCGACUCGGGCCAGUACAACCUGGAGAUCCGCGACGCCGAGCUCUCCGAUGACGCCGUCUACGAGUGCCAGGCCACCGAGGCCGCGCUGCGCUCGCGCCGCGCCAAGCUCACCGUGCUCAUCCCCCCGGAGGACCCCACGAUCGACGGCGCCCCCGAGAUCCUGCUGAGGGCGGGGACCCCCUACAACCUGACGUGCCGCGCCCGCAGCGCCAAACCCGCGGCCACCAUCGCCUGGUUCCGCGACGGGCUGCAGCAGGACGGCGCCGUCACCAGCACGGAGGUGCUGGCCGAUGGCAAGCGCGAGAGCACCACGAGCCUGCUGGCCAUCAACCCCACGGACCUGGACAUCGGCCGCGUCUUCUCCUGCCGCAGCUCCAACGAGGCCGUGCCCGCCGGCAAGGAGACCUUCGUCAGGCUCAACGUGCACCACCCCCCGACGGUGACCCUGUCCAUCCAGCCGCAGACGGUGCAGGAGGGCGAGCGGGUGGUGUUCACCUGCAUGGCCACGGCCAACCCCGAGAUCAAGGGCUACAGGUGGGCCAAGGGCGGGGUGAUCAUCGAGGAGGCCAAGGAGAACAGGUACGACACGCAGGUGGACUACACCUUCUUCACGGAGCCCGUGUCCUGCGAGGUGCACAACGACAUCGGCAGCACCAACGUCAGCACGCUGGUGGACGUGCACUUCGCCCCCCGGAUCGUGGUGGACCCCAAGCCCACGGUGACGGACAUCGGCUCCGACGUCACGCUGACCUGCGUGUGGUCGGGGAACCCCCCGCUGACCCUCACCUGGACCAAGAAGGAGUCCAACAUGGUCCUGAGCAACAGCAACCAGCUGUACCUCAAGUCGGUGACGCAGGCGGACGCGGGCCAGUACGUCUGCAAGGCCAUCGUCCCCAGGAUCGGCGUGGGCGAGAGGGAGGUCACCCUCUUCGUCAACGGUCAGCGACCCCAAAAACCCCAAAAACGCCCCCAAAACCUCCCGGGCUUCCCUGGGAACGGGCAAGGUCCAGGCGUCCCCCCAAAAAUGUCGCUGUUUCGGUCGUUUUCGGUCGGGGGAAGCGGAGGGAAUUUUAAAUUUUUACAGAUUGGGGCGGCUCGGAUUUGGGAUUUGGGGGUUUUUGGUUGGGCCUGGGCGUGGAAGGAGAACAUUCUGGAAGCGGGCACGCUGGAGCGCUACACGGUGGAGAGGAGCAACACGGGCAGCGGCGUGCUGUCCACGCUGAGCAUCCAGAACGUCAUGGACGCCGACUUCCAGACGCGCUACAACUGCACGGCCUGGAACAGCUUCGGGCCCGGCACGGCCAUCAUCCAGCUCGAGGAGAAAGAGGUCCUGCCCGUGGGCAUCAUCGCCGGGGCCACCAUCGGGGCCAGCAUCCUCCUCAUCAGCUGCCUGGUGGCCCUCGCCUGCUUCCUGUACCGGCGCCGCAAAGGAAGCCGCAAGGACGUCACGCUGCGCAAGCUGGACAUCAAGGUGGAGACGGUGAACCGGGAGCCGCUGACGCUGCACACGGACAGGGAGGAGGACACGGCCAGCGUGUCCACGGCCACCCGCGUCAUGAAGGCCAUCUACUCGUCGUUCAAGGAUGACGUGGACUUGAAGCAGGACCUGCGCUGCGACACCAUCGACACCCGCGAGGAGUACGAGCUCAAGGACCCCACCAACGGCUACUACAACGUCCGCGCCCACGAGGACCGGCCGGCCUCGCGCUCCGUCCUCUACGGCGACUACCGCGCGCCCGGCCCCGGCCGCUUCGAGGCGCGGCCGCCCUCGCGGCUGUCGCACUCCAGCGGCUACGCCCAGCUCAGCUCCUACCCCCGCGGCGGCCCCGAGUUCCCCGCGGAGGCGGCGGCGGGGACGGCGGCGGGGGACACGGCCAGCCAGCUGUCCUACGAGAACUACGCGGGCGGCGCGGCCUUCCCGGGCGGCGCGGCCUUCCCGCCCUACCGGCUGGGCUUCGGCGCGGCCGCGGGGCUGGAGCGCGGCGCCUACGACGCCUACGAGGCCGUGGGCAAGUUCAGCAGCGCGGCGCGCUUCUCCUACACCUCGCAGCACUCGGACUACGGGCAGCGCUUCCAGCAGCGCAUGCAGACGCACGUCUAGGGCGGGCAGGGCUCCGCGGGUACCUCACCGGCGUCCCCUGAUAUUCAGGGGUUCGCCCCGCGAUCCCCACCCCGGUCCCCCUACCCCGGGUUUCCUUGGAGCUUCCGUUCAUUCCGUUGGUUGUUUUUUUUGCCGGUACUUUCCCUCCCCCGCGGAGGGAAGGGAGGGGUUGAUCGCCGCCUCGUCCCCUCCGUGUCGCCCGCCGCCGGGGUUUGAGCCCUGUUGUCGUUCCUGGAGCUUUCCCAGGGAGCAGCUCUGCGUGUCCCUAAACCCAGGGGGACGUGCAAAUCCCAAAAACAGCCCCAUCCCGAACCAUUCCCAUUGGGAUCUGCGUUCCCAAACCCAGAGGGACACACAAAUCCCAAAAAAAACCAUCCCAAACUAUUCCCGUUGGGAUCUGCAUUCCCA